AUGGUUCACAAACAUCACAUAGAAGGCUAUGAGAAAUUUGUGGAAUUCUUCAAAAAUUUCGAUGCAAAUGGGCACAAGGUACACAUAUAUUUCGGAGGAUCUAAAUCGACAACUGAUGGCCUAAGUUGGUGCGACGACUGUCAAAGAGCAUGGCCUGUAAUUUCUGAAGAAAUUGAAAAACUUGAAGCAUCUGAACCCGAAUCACACUUUGUUCAUGUUGAAGUGGGUGAUAGAGUAACAUGGAAAGACCCAAAAUGUCCAUUCAGAACAGAUCCAUCUACUAAAUUAAUGGUUCUACCCACUAUAAUAAGAUGGCAGCAACCUCAGCGACUGGAAGGCGACCAAUGCGAGAAAAAAGAAUUAGUCCAGAUGCUUUUUGAAGAUGAUGAUUCUUAA